AUGCCAAAGAAGAGUGAACCGGUCGCACCCGUCACCUCUGCGCGUUCCAGCUCACCCACUUGCAGGCCCCCUGUUCAUCCAAGUUCUUUGGGGGAAUGGGUAAAUGAUUCCGUUAAUCAGGAGAAUGUAAAGGGUGAGGCUGCCAACAGGUUUCAUCCAGAGAGCAUGCGGGGCGUAGACUCGCUUUUCUACCGACCACCUGUUCAACAGAUGAAGACCCCGCCACGUGGAGGUCCUCUUGGGGAGGUAAAUGCGGACCCACUCGGUGAACUUGAGGCAAUACUCACGUAUGUGGAGCACGUUACCGUUUCUCUCACACGGCGCGAGCGCGUCUCUCCACCACCGGAAUCCUUGCGCACGCUGCAUGGCUCACUUGUCACGUUCCGUCGCGCGGUAAACACGUCGGACCGUGAGAGCACAACAAGGCGGGCACUCGCUGCGGAGCUUCACGACCAAGCGGCCACUUUACUUGCGUGGAUUGCAAGACUGGAGUACGUAUCGAUUUCACAAAGCAUUUCCUUAAGGGAGCUGGAGAAGGAGGUUGGUGCAUCGGCAGCAAACAUCGAUGCUGUACUCGAUGCCAUAGAGGUGCGUUACCGCAAUCACGACGUGGCGGAUGUACAAGAGUUCUUCAUGGGGAGCAGGGAGACUUUGAAAAGCUGCCGCAGCGCCGUCAGUGAUCUAGUAGGAGGCGCACGUAAGGUGCUCGUGCUGCGUCGUGCUGUGGCCUCACGAGAAGCAGUGCGUGUUAAGGAGCUGUUUGGUGAGUAUUGGGGAAACAAGGGCGGGGGAGGGACAGUGCGGAUUGUAUGCCCGUUUGUUGAUUGGGUGGAGAAGAGUUGGUUUCCUGCGAUAGAAAAGUGGGAGGCGAUCGUUUCGGGGGCAAAAAAGGAGGCGGAGUUGGGUGACGUUAAGGGCGCGUUCGCUCGCGCGCAGCGGCUGGCGUUGACGGAAAGCAGUAUGAUAGGUAAGAUCAUUCAACCCGGUGAGACGUUAUCUGAACUCCUGCACCAGUACCUGGAGGAGCCCCUUGCAGCGGUGGAGCAAUCCCUAAAACGGAGGAAGAGCCGUAUGGAGGCGUUGCGGGUGGCCAUGACAACCAAGGAUGGGAAGAGGUUGGCGGAAUGUCUCUGUGCUGUCGAGGAGUUGCGCGCUGGAAAAGAACUGUCAGCCGAAGACACUGAACUAGCGGAGAAGGCAAGGAAGCAGAUUGUACAUCUACAGCAGGUAGGGAAUAUAACGAUGGCUUUGCGCUUGGCUGUUCAGGCGGGCGAAACGGUAACUCUCUUUCGUACAAUUCAUCAGGCGAAUGAGCUUUUGUUGCAACUUGGCAUUGUGGGUAACCCCGAGGCCGGUGAAGAGACGGUUCAGCGCUGUAAUACCUUGCUUAGGGAAAUGCAGAAUCUUCCCUCUGGAGUGUCGCUCACAGACUUCGUUGUGAAGCGUGUGAACCCUAUGAAAAUGAACCUUGCGCACGUGCCCUCGCACGUUUGGACGUCGGAAACAACGGCAGCGUACCAAGCGGCCUGGCAGCGGCUUGCUACCCGGGCGAUGCAAGGUCUUUGUCGCUUUCAACACGAAAGUGAUCCUGAAUCUGAUAGCGGUACUGCCCAUGGUCUACACACAAGGAGCAAUAGUGGGUUGAGUUGCGGGUCGCACAGCGUCAGGGGAGGCGGAAAUGCGAUCGCGGCGUUCACACGUACGCGGACUCAACAAACUGAGGUGGGAAAUCCACAAAAUGAAUGGUCACAUGUACAAUUUGGUUCAUGGGUCGAACCAGCAGCAAGCGAACGAGCACUAGCAGGAAGGGCGCGUUCCUCUGAUGUGGAUGGAUUUAAGCUCAAGAUCCACUUCGAGGCGCAGUUGCGCGUGCUGCGAAUCCAAGGAACUGAAACGUGCACCUUUGAUGAAGUGUAUAAGAGGGUGCACGACUUGUGCACACAGCAGACGGCGCUGCAUCAUCGACCAGCGGGGCAGAAACUCCGGUUACGAUAUGAAGAUGCUGAAGGAGACUGUAUAUCCCUGCUUACGCAGGAAGACUGGAACGUAUUUAUUAGUGAACAAGCACCUAGCGGACUGCGUGGUGCAAAACUAGAGAUCUACUGUGACUUCCCGCCGGUACCCUCCCAAAGUACACUCGAUCGUACGCCGCUUUCAACUACUUCAAAGGACGGAGGAAGCAGCCCAACCGUUAAGAAUACCCCUCAGACCACCACAUCUGCGCGGUUAGCGACGGGCGGUACACAGAUGAAACCGCUAUUAGAGUCGGACCAAGCUAAGGGUGCCAAACCAUCACGGUGUCAGAGUGCCGGCAUUGCUCACCGUAGGGGAAAUGGUGUUUCUAGAUUAGUGUCGAACAGACGAGUUUCCCAUGACGAUUUCCAUGUUCCGAAGCAGACUCCAAAAACGCCUGCAGGCAUGGGAACUUCUGCAGAUGGUGGAAAGGAUGCGCUUGAGAUUGGGGUCCCAAGAGACUUCGACGCAGCAGUCCACGAGAGGGAAGUGCCAAAAAGGAUUGGCGCGGCACCUUCAGUGUCGUAUACGCAACCUCGCGCGUUUCCUGUGAAGCAAACAACCUCCUCUGGUAACGCUAUGCGUGUCUCACCUAAGGUUGGGAGGCCGUUGGGAACUGCAGCUGAAGCGAAGAAGUUACGAACCCCACCAAAGUUAGUUGGAGGUGACGUGAAAAAUGCAGUGCGUGGAGCUGGACUUGCGGGGAACCUGGCGGUAGAGGAACCGGUUGAGGCCAUUGAAGCUAAGAAGUGGAAGGAUGAUGAGACGGGAAUGGAGUCGGAUGUUGUUACCUCAACUAUAAGCCAAGCACGAACCCCCAUUUCGCAAAGGAAAGCUCCUUCCAGGGUGGUGUCUGCCAUGAAGCAAACUGUCCCUAGAAGCGCAGUAACUGGGCACCAUGUCAAUUCCCGCGUCAGAAACGCACCCGUGGGUGGCAUACCGUGCGAUGCAGCAGUGGUGGAAGAGAAGCGUGAGUGGAGUGUAUACCAUUUUAGGCCAAGUGAAAUUCACCCCGUGGCGAACGAUCGGGAGGAAACACCGCCGUCAGUGGGAAGUCGUGUAAAAGGUGCUCUCGUUACAGAGCGUUUAAGCGGUUCUAGUUCCACCUCCAUCCCGAAUUCGACAACAACCCUUAAUGGUGGUGCCAAGAAGGCGGAAGCUCUGAUUAGGUAUAGACAACUACGCGAAGAAAAGCAAAGAGCUCUUAAGGCUGCUGUUCAGAAACGAAUUAGUAAGUAG